UAAUUUUUCAGUUUUUCUCAAUUUUUCACGAUUUCAAACAUUUUCAGGCAUCUCAAUCUAUUUUAAGACGAAUGACUGAUAAGAGUUUCCCUGAAUUCUUGAUUUUACCAGCUCUUCCACGUUAUGAUUUUCUAUGAGCAUAAAAUAGAACUAGAAAGACUAUUCCAUGAAUAGUGCAUAGACUGCAGUGGUGGAUUUAUAGGGACAAUAAAAUAAUAUGCAAUGGACAAACAGGAGUUGGAGUGGACGAUGGGUGUACGGGGUGUUGCUAAUGAUAUGUGCAUUAGCAGCUGCACAGGAUAUCGGUAAUCCAUACGAGAUUUUAGGCGUCCACCGCAGAGCAACGCUCCCUGAAAUUCGCAAGGCUUACAGACAGUUGGCAAAAGAAUGGCAUCCAGAUAAAAAUGAAGAUCCAAAUGCGGAAUCACGCUUUGUUGAGAUCAAGCAGGCAUAUGAACUGCUAACUGAUAUGGAACGGCGACAAGCGUAUGACCUUUAUGGUAUAACAAAUGAAGAUGAACACAUGUAUAAACAACGACAUGACUACAGCCAGUAUGCAAGGUUUAGUAAUGACCCAUUCGAGGAAUUCUUUGGCACACACUUCCGAACACAGGACCAAGAUAUUACGCUGUUCCACAAAUUGUCUGUCACCGCACGACAUUUUGAGAACCAUAUUAUGGAAAAAAGCGUACACACACCAGCCUUAGUUCUCUUCUAUACCGACUGGUGCUUUGACUGUGUUCGAUCCGCUGCAGCUUGGAGAAGACUGGUGGAAGCGUUGCAGCCAUUAGGUAUCACCCUGGCUACUGUCCAUGCAGGACAUGAGGCUGCCUUGGCUAGACGUGUGGGUGUACACGGAGUGCCAUGUCUCACACUUGUCAUUGAUAAACAAGUUUACAUUUAUAAGGAAAGCUUGGGAUCUAUGCCGAAGAUAUUAGAGUUCAUUCGUUGGAAGUUCCCGUACAAGUUGGUGGUGAACUUAAAUGACUAUAAUGUGGACGCGUUCGUAAGUGACUUUGAAGACAACCGCGUCAAGGCGCUCAUCUUUGAGGAGCGGCCCAGCAUCCGGCUGCGAUAUCUUAUCACCGCUUUUCACUAUAGAGAGAGGGUGUCAUUUGCUUUUGUGGAUAUGACGUCACGGGAUAGCGCGAAUGUGACGUCACGCUUCAAGGUGCAACGCAAUUCGGACAGCAUGGUGCUGCUGAAGGAGGACAGUCCUGUGCCAGCGGCCAGCGUCAGCACCGCAGAGAUACCCACACAGACUCUGCGCCAGCUUAUUGAUGCCAACAGGCUGCUUACACUACCAAGGCUCUCCUCGCAGAGUGUGUUAGAAGCAGCAUGCCCGGUGGAGUGGCGUGCGGCGCGCCGGCGGCUGUGCUGUGUGGCGCUGGGGCCGCGCGGUGUUGCGCUGGAGGAGCUGCGUGCGCUGGCUCGCGAAGCACCCGACCGUCUGCGCUAUGCCUACGUCUAUACGCAUGCGCAGCCGGACUUUGUGCGCGCCCUCGCCAACGGCUCCGGUAUAGAUAUAUCAGAGAUGGAGCACCGUAUUGUAGUGAUUUGGCGAAGGGAACCGACACGUAUCCAGUACGAGUGGCUAAAUGAGACAUGGCCGACGUGUACGGGUGAUGGGUACGAGUCGGCACACUACCAGCAACGACUUAAUGAAACCAAGAGAGCUUUAGAUAAUCUCAUCAAGCGAUUGCUCAAGCCUACUGAGAUGAUGGCCUACGAGACACAUGUACAGGAGCUGGUGGAUGAGGCGGCACGUGGUGCAGCAUGGCGAGCUCUCACACGACUGUACGAGUGGACUGAGCGCGCUGCACUCGCACUCAGAACUCACCACGCGCUCUCCGCACUCUCAGUACUCGCUACUGUCACUGUUGUCAUCGCAGCUGGAUAUCUCAUGGCCUAUCUCAUACGUUUGGAAGAAGAAUCCGUACAGAAGCAGAAAGAAGAACGAAGACGACAAAACGGAGGCGGCAAGAAGAUUAUGAGUGAACCCGCACUGGAACUGAGGCUGCAUGAGCUGCGAGCUGAGAAGUACAAUGGAUUGGUGCGUUUGAUGAAGCCUGGCUGUCGCACAAUUGUGGUGCUGGUGGACCUGCAGAGUCGUGUGCAGCUGCUCUCAAAGUUUCACAAGAUAGUGUGGCCAUAUCGCAAGAACAAGACGUUGGUGUUCGCGUACUUGUGCGUGGAGCGCAACGUUGAGUGGUUCAGACGCGUGCUGCAGCUGUCGCUGGGCGGUGGUGAGCUGCGAGUCAAUGCGCGCAACUGUGUCGGCACAGUGCUCGCUCUCAAUCCUCACCGCAAGUACUUCUGUAUCUACCACGCCAAGCAUCCGGAGUGUGCAAAGCCUCACAAGCGCAUGAGUCGCAUGACGCGGUCUCUGGGCGGCUGGGCGGCGGACCCGGAGGCGGGCGCAUUCAUUGGAUUCCACACCGAGCCCGACUCCUCCUCUGAUGAGGCGCCCGACCCGCCCGUGCUACUGCAAGAGAAUCUCUUAGAUGGUCUUCCUAACUGGUUGGACCGACUGUUUGAGGGCAGCACCCACCGCUACUACAUCAACUACUGGCCCGACAUGACCUCCAAGUGAGGACCAGCUAUGUGGCCAACUUCUGGCUUGAUGGAACUUCUAUCAGCUCAAAAGCUGAUCAUCUUGGGUACGUUUUAAUUUUUUUCUCGUCGACCGAUAUUUAAUAUAAUAGAUAAUUUAAUGUUGUAUAUGGCAACUAUUUUUCAUUAUCUAUGGUGUACUCUCUAUGGUUUGUAUAAUCU